CCGUGGUUGCUUGCGGUCACGUGACAGGCGCUCUGCUUCUCUUGUCUUCUGUUUUCUUAUCGAUUGAAAAAAUGGCGAAAAAGAAGAAGUGAUGGAAGAGAGCGCGCGAGAGAACCAUUUCGAGCGCCGGGCCAUCAGUUUGGAAGACAAUUCGCGCGAAGAUGUCUUCCUUGUGUCCGAAGCCAAGACCGAAGACACGGAAGAGAUGCCCGAAGAGUCGCUGCAAACGCGGUUCGCGCGCCUCCUGUCGUGCGAAGACAUGGCGGACGUCCACUUCCUCGUAGGCGGCGCUCAACGCCAUCAACGCCAACUUCGAGUGCCCGCCCAUCGCCUCGUGCUCGCCGUCGCAUCACCAGUCUUUCGGCGCAUGUUCUUCGGCGCCGAAGACGAGUCCGUUUCGCUCGACAACUGUUCCGCGGAAGACGUGGUUCUCGAAGACCUCGAGCCUCUCGUGUUCCUCGAGUUCCUGCGAUUCCUAUACACGGACCAAAUCCGGCUCCAGAAGGACAACGCGGUGGCCGUUCUCUACGCGGCCAAGAAGUACGAGAUUCCGUAUCUCGAGCGCCUGUGCUUCCGAUUCGUCAAUUUCGAGAUCUCCAAAGACAACGCGCUCCUCAUUUGGUUGUCCGCAAAGACGUUUCGCGAACCGGAAGUCGAGAGUCUGGCGCUGCGCGUGAUUCGCAGGUUCGCCGCCGACGUCCUCCUGGCGCCCGAUUUCGUGCGCGCGGAUCACCUCUCCGUUUGCCAACUGCUCGAAGACGAUCUUCUGCGCGUCCAAGAAGUGGACCUCUUUCUGGCGGUCACGCGAUGGGCGAAACACCAGUGCUUACGGCGCGGCCAGUGUCCCACUCGAGUCCACAUUCGUCACGUGAUGGCCGAAGCCGUCGAUUUGAUUCGCUUUCCGCUCAUGACGUCAGAGCAGUUGCGAACUGUUGUCCAAUCGGAGGGCGUUCUCGAGGACGACGUGUUGCGCGCCCUCUCAGCCAAUCAGCGCUCGUGGCCGCGGAAGGCGUUGCACUUCUCGUCGACGCCGAGAGCCUAUCAGCGGCUGCGCGGACCUCUGCUUUGCGUCCAGCGGUUCGCGUCGUUCGACAAUCAGAUGACGGUUCGCGCGGGACAGCGAUCGCUGCGUUUUGCGGCCAAUAAACGCAUUUUCGUCGCCGGAGUCGGAGUUUACGGUCCGCGGCGUCCCUUCCACUUCCAGCUCCAGAUCUCGGUGGCGCUCGUGCGCUGCGACCGUCGCGCGUCGCCGACAAUCAUGGACUGCGCGCGCAAAUCGGUGCGCGUGAAAAGCGGCGACUCUUCGGAACCCAUUGUUAACAUAAAGUUCGACGAAGAGUUCGAAAUCGAACCCAAUGUCGAGCACGAGAUCCGCGCCGAAGUCGAGGCCACGGAGCGCCCCGUGGGAGGCGUGCGCGCGCACCUCCCGCGCGCCCCGCACGACGUCUACUUCUUCUACGGCACUGGCGGACAACUGGCGGCCAAAGUGCGUACCACUGCCGGCGAGAACGUCAUCUUUAACUUCGCGUGGGAUCACGAGUGCGCAGACGCGACGGGCGGCGCCUCCUCCGCGCCCCCCACUCCGAACCCGCCGCCGCGUCCGCCGCCACCCGCGCAAUACCGCCGGCCCUCACGUCUGGCGCGUCUGAAGCGCGCGCUUUCCUUCACGGAGAAGACGACCGGAAGCGACGACCGUUCGGCCGGAAGUGACGUCACUUGCGGUCAAAUCCCUGUAAUUCUGUUCUUCGCGUGA